GUGGGGAUGUAGGCGACAGGAAGAGGCAGCAGCUAUAGCUGGGGGCUCAGGCACAAACUGUUACAGCAGUAACAUAGCAGUCAGCGUUACCGGGGCCGUGCUCCCUCUCGCUCUUCACCCAGGCUGUGGGUUUCACAGCUGCUGGGUGCAUUUCGGAUGGUGGGGGGGUGGCAGGUGCAGCCGCUGUCACCCUUCCCCCCCCCCGCAUUGAUACAUCCGCUGCCGGGGGGGCAGGAAGUGCUCGAGGCCCCCCUGCACCACUUACACCGCAGCAGCAGGACCUGCUCCAGCAGCACUCGGUGAUGGACACCGCCCGGCGCCCCGCAGCCGCGCUGCUGCUGGCGGGUCUGGCGGCAGCGGGGGAGCCCGCAGUGAGCCGCAGCGACCGGGCGGUGGGAGCCCUGCUGGGGCUGCUGCUGUGCCUGGCCGUGGGGCUGGCCUUGGCCUGGCGGCACCUCUGUCGCCUCUCGGACGGCCGCUACCACCCCCGGCCCGCGGGGCGCCGCGCCCUGGCGGUGCUGCGGAGCCGAUGGCGGCGGCUGCUGGGCCGGGAGAGCACCGUCGAACCCAGCGGGGAAGGGAACGAAGCCCCGGAAGCGGAGGAGCUGAUGCCGUGGGGCGCGGAGCGGCAGCAGCGCGAGGAGGAGGAGGAGGACGGAGAGGAAGAGGCCCCGCAGGAGGAGGAGGACGAGGGAGAGGAGGAGGAGGAGGACGAGGAGGAGGAGGAGCAGCGCCCGGCAGAGCAGCCCCACGCACUGCCCGGCGACGCGCACAGCCUCGCGGGGACGGCGGCGUGGGGCGACGCGCGGCCGUCGGACAGCACCGCGCUGUGACGGCACCGCCCCAAUAAAGCGCUCAGCGCUCCUCCGGGCGGACGCGGCGUGGUGGGGAGGGCGGGGCGCAUCCCCCCACCCUGCCCCCUCCCAGCUCAGUACGCUGCA